AUGCUACGUCUAAAGCCGUCAGAGCUCACACUGACAUCCGAUGAUAUCGAGGAAACGUUUCGUCGUAUGGCACACAGACGAGCCCACGCAGCUGCCCCAAACCAUCAUGCACGGUCUCCUAUGCAAUCUGGACGGCCAAUACUCAGACGCGGUCCUCAGAGAUCGAUGCGGGAGGCCAUGAGGACGCUUGGGGAUAUUCCUAUCUUACGACCUCAACCUCAUCAAACCUUUCAUGUCCCUGUGGAAGAAGACGACGAAGACCAUGACACGUACGAACCACUUCUCUCAAGAGGAAGGCAACGUAUCGACAGCGUUGUGGGUGUCACCACGACUUCGUAUACACAUCAACAGCACACAUCACCAACCCCCAGUGCUGCCUCCUCGAUAUCUCGUAGCAUGCAGCUGCCUCUCAGGCCCGCACGAAGCCAUGAAGAGUCGAGUAUACAGGCUAGUUCUGACGUGCAAGUUCUCGAAGAUAUGGUUGUACCUCUAGAUCCCAUGUCUGGAUAUCCAGUAUUUGGCCGAUCCAGGACAAACACAUCCGACGAAGCGGAUAAGGCUCCCUCGCAAUAUGGCUCGACAACCCCUACCAGUGGCCCGGCUGAGUUGCGAGGAGGCGGUGGUCGUCCCAACAGGUCUCGCCUUCACCCUCCGUCUGGUCGACAUGCACCUGUGGUCACUUCCAGCCCACCACAACACGAGGCGUCCUGUCCUGAUCCCACCGAUGGCCAUCCUAAUGUCGAAAAUGGAAUGAAAAUACGGCACUUGAAAGGAUACUUCACUGGUACAAAGUGGCUCGAUUAUGACUUUGUUGAGUCCCAUUCAUUGCCCCACACCGAACCACGUCGACCCAGCGAACGCUACCCGGUGCCUACGCGAAGUCGAUCGUCAGAUAGCGUUCCUGCUUUCUCGUUACUGAGACAACGACCGGAACCGUCAGAGUCUUCUGCAGAUGACGUGUUUGGAGGCAUCGCAGCGCCUGAGCCUCCUUCGAGGUUAGGGGGCAGAGUUUCACAUACUUCACAUACUUCAGAUGCACGUAACCCAUACUCUCUCUCGGGGAGCAGAGCCGCUGCAAGGUCAACGAGAUUCGAUAGCGGAGCUUCAAGCGCCAGUCUUGCGUAUUCGUACUACGAGCUUCCUGGUUCUCGACAAUCUAGUGGCGAGCAGGGCCAGUACGUCCAGUCACAGUAUGAUGGAACGGCUGCCGUGAGGACCUCCAACCAAGGAGCGUAUUUUUCCAUCCCUGCAUCGCAGGUUCGCGCACCAGACAGUGUUCCAAUACCCCUGCCAUCGUGUCCUUCGUCGCACCCGGCUGCCGCCACCCAACAUAGUAUUUCACCACUACCGGCGAUACCAUACGCUCGCGCCACACGAGCCGCUACUGGCAGCUUCAACACAACUGACGUGUAUGGACAAUACCUCGAUGCAACCACUGCAGCGGGUCGAGACCUACCUUCCCCGCUUGACCAGUUCCAGGAGCAUUUCCGACAACUUGCGCGAGCCCAGAAUACUCGACGGGCAGUGUCUGGUCAGGUCAAUGUUCCACAGCACCCAGUCGGAAAUCCUGACACAAAUUGGACUCGCCGAGGUGUUUCCGGGGUGGUGGGUCAACGGUACUACACUGAGGACAACCCUCAAAUGCAGAGAUGGAGCAGCCAUCAUCUGCCUCAAGCCCCUGUACCUUAUGCAACCCUCCGUUAUCCAGAGCAUCUUUCCUCUCCAAUAGUCAACCCUACACGGCGCAGUACCCCGGAGACGAGGGCAAACCAUCGCUCGAGUGAGCUCGAUCUUGCCGGACGUAGUCCUCACGAUCUGCGAGCUCAGACUCACGAGUCGGCUUAUGAGAGACUACAGACCGCCAUCCAGGCCAUACAGCAGACGAGUGCAAGAAGCAGCCACCAACCAGGCCCUUCUCGUUUCAGCAUGCCACAGGGAACUGCUGCUCGCGAAGUGCCGAAUCAAUCUCGAAUGCACUCAAUGCACCAGCACGCAGCACAUAGAGACCCGUCACACAACUACUAUGACGGGACCGGUCUAUCAAGCAGUCCGUCCUACAAUCCCUACACCGGGACCGAACCAUCAAGCACUCCACCCCAGCUCCAAAACUACGCCCAUCCCGAAGCACCCCGAACAUCGCCCUCCUUCCCACCCCGCCUUCCAUCCCGCCACACCUCCACCCAACACCCCGCCGAACCCUCCCACCGCAACAACCCCACACGCCCCCACCACCUCGCCCCACCACCCCACUACCGCGACCUCCCCUCCACAUCCCUCACCUUCGACCACGGCAGCGGCACAACAAGUCGCUGGUCCCCGCUCAUACGCGCCGCAACUUCGUCGGCGCGUCCACACCGCCCGCGCGUGUCGCUGCUGCAGAUGAACCAGGAGAACGAGGGCGAGGCUGAGGUGCAGAUGAUGCGGCUGGAGCAGAGUGCGUUUGAGGCGAGGUUUGGCGAGGGUGCGCAGAUGCAUGUCAUGGAUGAGACGCCGCCGCGGGUUGGGCGCGUGGAGCGGUUUAUGGGGUAG